AUGAAUGAGUUGGCUAGUAUAGAAAACAAAUCAAUUGAUGAGAAUAUGGGAGCUGAACAGAACGAUUUGAAUGAAAAAAAUGGAGAUUGUGAUAAGAAUUUAUUGAAUGAACACGAAGAUGUAAACAUUGUGAAGGUAAAAAAAGAAAGGGAUGGAAAUAUAAAAAAGAAAGAAAAUGAAAAAAUAAGUUUUGAUAUAUUUUCUUAUUUAAAUAAAGUAUAUCAAAAACAUGGGUUAUAUAAUGAAGAGAUAUCUCGAUUUUUACUUUAUAUUAAUAGAAGAAGAAGAAAAUUAAGAAGCAAAAUAUUAUUUAACGUAAAAAAAGUAGGGAAGUAUAUAUCUAAAAUAUACGAAUGUGAUGAUAUAGAUGAAUUAUUCUUAGAAUUAUUAUUAUUAGAUGUAGAAGCAUGUAGAUGUAGAUAUCUUGAAAUAAAAACAGAUGUGAAUAAUCUAAAAAAACCUUACAGAGCUACAUAUUCUUAUAUGAGACGUUUAAAAAAAUCUGUUCAAAAAAUGAACUUUCUUAUACAAACAAUAAAUAAUUUUGUAGAUAAAAAUACAGAAUUACAAAUCAAAUGUUACAAUUCAUUUAUUCAAGCAACUUAUCUUGUGGAAAAAAAGAAAUAUGAAGAAUGCUUAACAAAAACUGAUGAAUUUUUAAAAUUUAUUAAGCUCAUAAAAAGGAUAUCUCUAAAUACUCUCGCACAAACUAAUCAAAAGAAAGACAAUGAAAAUGUUAAUGACGAUACAUGUGAUAAGCAAGUUAUGAAGGAUAAGCGUGCUUCGCUUGUAUAUGAGCCUGAUGCUAUAACUUUACAAAAUGAAUUAUACUGUUCUAAAGGAAAUAAUGACUUGAUAAAUUCUGAAAAAUCAAUCGAUGAGACAUUCUAUUAUUUCUUAUCAGUCAUUAAUUCGUAUGAGCGUACGUGUUCGUAUAAUAUGAAGAAACAUAGAUUAAGUUAUAUAAAUGAAAAAUUACAAGAGGAUGAUUUUAAAUAUAAUUAUAGUAAUAGUAUAAUACAAAACAAUAAUAGUAAUAAUAACAAUAAUAAUAAUAAUAAUAAUAACAAUAAUAAUAAUAAUAACAAUAUAAAUGAAAAAUAUUGUAAUAAUAUAUCUACAAGUGACAAAAAUUAUUACAAUCUAAAUAUACAAUAUGUAAAUAAUAAUAUCAUUAUUAAUUUACAUAAUGUAGAAUACAAAUGGGUUCAACAUAACAAUAAUAAUAAUAUACUAAAGAUACAAAAUAUUUUAAAAAAUGUUAAAAAGUGUAUAGAAGAUGAACAUAUAUAUACAAUGAAUAUCGAAUAUGAUGAAAAUAAUGUAAAAGAUUUAUCAAACAAUAUACAAAUAGUUUUAGAUCUCUUGAAAAAGUAUGAUUCGGAAAAUAUUAUGAGCAUUUAUGGAAACUUAUAUUGUAAUUAUUAUGACUGUUUACAAAUUAUACACGAAGAAUUAAUUACUUGUGUAAAUAACAACAACAACAAUAAUAAUAAUAAUAAUAAUAAUUCUUUUAGUAAUGAGGAUAAUAAACUCAAGGAAAAAAUUUGGACCAUGCUAGAAAAUUAUUUUCUGGUACAAAAACUUUAUGUAGAUAUUGAACGAAGCAUUUUAUUAUUAAUGAAGAGCUUGCUAGAUAUAUAUUAUACAAAUAAAGAAUCAGAAUAUUUUUGUUUUGAUAAGAAGAAAAAAGUUUUUUCAGAUAUAAUCGAUGAUAUGCCUGUUUUACAUACAGGUAUAAGGUACGCAGAUAUAUUAAAACAAAAUAUUGAAGAAUUAAAAAAUUUAGAAAAUAAAGAUAUUUUUAUUAAUAUAUUACAAAUUAUUAAAAAUGUAAAAUCAUUUUGUUUAGCUUUUUAUUAUGCAUUAAAUAAAAAACAUGCUGAAGCACAUGUAUUAUUUGAUGUUAUAAAAACAAGAAAUUAUGUAUAUAUUAAAAAAGAACAUAUGAAUAAUAUUAAAUGUCCAACACUUUUAAGAAUAUCUAUUUUAUUUAACAGAUUACAAGAUGUAAUUUCACUAAUCAAUGAAAAAUAUUAUUUUAGACAUUUAUCAAUUUAUGCUUUACAAGUUAAAAAUAAAUCUAUUCAACAAAAGCAAUUAUUCUAUUUAGAUAAUUCUAUGUUCUCUCCUAAAAUGAAACAAAUAUCUUUAAACCCCUUACAUAUAGAUAUGACACAAAUGUAUCGUACAUCUUACUUAUUAGGCCAUGACCAGCAACGAGGAGAAAGAGGUUCAUUAAUAAGGGGAUUAUUACGAUCAUUUUGGAAAUAA